AUACGUGGCACAUCAUAAUAUUGGAUGAUAUCAUGAUGAUUGCUAUUUUUUACGCUAUUUGCAAUUAUAAUCUUGUCGCGGGUUUUACAUUCUACAGUUAAUUCUGGACAUGAACCCUAUUACCGCGAGCAAGUCUUCCAGGAAUUAUAGUACAGCUUCGUAGAAAUGGACAUCGAAAAUCAGGGAAUCGAUGUACCGGGAAUUCCUGGUGCAAAGAGAAGUGCUUUCUCUGAAAAACUAUGUGAAACUUAUGAUGGGAUAACAACUGCUUAUGAAGCCUACUUAAAAGGAGCUGAAAAAUCUGGUGAUAAGCCCUGCUUGGGGAAACAAUUUAAUGGCUCCUACACAUGGAUGACUUAUAAUCAGGUUUUAGAGAGAGCUGCCGAUUUGGGGUCAGGAAUAUUAGAACUCGGUUACCAGCCUUCCGCAGAGACGUUCCUUGGCAUUUAUGCCGCAAACGGAGUUGAGUGGAUUCUGACAGACGUUGCAUGUCUGACCUACUCAUUGGUCUCUGUGCCCCUCUACGACACACUGGGUUCAGAUGCCUGCACCUUCAUCAUAAAUCAUUCCGACAUUUCACUGAUCGUGUGUGAUGAAAACAAAGUAGAAGUUUUGUUAGCGAAAGCUGAAGAGUGUCCGAAGUUGAAACACAUCAUUACAAUUGGAGAUGUUAAGGAAGAAGUCGAACAGAAGGCUGGGAAACGUGGAAUUAUGGUGAAAUCGUUUAAAAAUAUCCUGGAGUUGGGACGAAGUAAUCGUCAAGAAAAAUCACCCGGUAAACCUGAUGAUAUUUUUACUGUUUGCUACACAAGUGGAACGACAGGUCAGCCAAAGGGGGCUAUGAUAACAAACAGGAAUGUAGCGACUGUAAUUGCCGCCAAUCGCAUACAUUUUGAACGGAAUGGCCGCCCACUGGUUCCAAACGAUCUUCACAUCUCGUAUUUACCUUUACCACACAUUUACGAACGGAUCGUACAGUUGAUAUUUCGUAGCUCCGGUUCAAGAAGUGGAUUUUCCCGCGGCGAUAUCCAAUUACUAUUUGAGGAUUUACGGUUGUUACGACCUACGGUUUUUCCAUCUGUUCCUCGUUUGUUAAAUCGUCUCUAUGAUAUGGUAACUGCAUCUAUAGAGGCAAGUAGUGGAAUAAAGAAAAGCUUAUUCAAUAAAGCAUUUGCCUCAAAGUUAGCUGACCUUGAGAGAGGUAAUUUUUAUAGCAAUAGCUUUUGGGAUAAAGUUGUGUUCAGAAAAAUCCAGGCAAUUUUAGGUGGAAAUGUCUCUGUCAUUAUUACUGGAGCAGCCCCGAUCGAAGCAAAAGUUUUAAAUUUUUUUAAAGUAGUUUUUGGAUGUUGGGUUAUAGAGGGUUAUGGUCUAACUGAAGGCGCUGGAUCCGCGGCAAUGACUAAUAUGAUGGAUAAAUCCUCGGGUCACGUUGGACCGCCUGUAGCAACCAGUUAUAUCAAGCUGGUUGAUAUACCAGAAAUGGAGUAUUACACGUUCAAAAAUCAAGGCGAAGUAUGUAUUUACGGUACGAAUGUGUUUAAAGGGUACCUAAAAGAACCAAAGAAAACAGCUGAAGUCAUCGAUAAAGAUGGAUGGCUUCACAGCGGUGAUGUUGGAGAGUGGAAGCCGAACGGCACUUUGAAGAUUAUUGGACGAAAAAAGUGUAUCUUCAAAUUAUCACAGGGUGAAUAUGUUGCUCCUGACAAAAUUGAGAACGUUUACAUCAAAAGCCCUUUCGUAGCUCAGGUGUUUGUUCAUGGUUAUAGUCUUAAGUCCUUCAUUGUUGGCAUUGUUGUACCCGACGAGGCUGCCAUGAUAAAGUGGGCCUCGGAAAAUGGUUUAUCGAAAACAUUUCAGGAGUUAUGUGAAGACGAGGAUGUGAAAAACAUGAUUUUGGAAGAUAUCGUUGCCAGAGGAAAGGAAGCAAAGUUGGCAUCAUUUGAACAGGUCAAAAAUAUCCUCUUGCAUUCAGAAUUAUUCAGCGUGGAGAACGGCUUACUCACCCCAACUUUAAAAUCGAAACGUUUCACGUUGCAGAAGAGAUUCGCCGACGAAAUUGAGAAAUUGUACAAGAACCAAGAACAAACAGCGCGUUCUAAACUUUAGUUAAAAACUAGCUACCAACAAAUGAAGUGCAGCUACAUGCUGUACAAGCCGGCGACAGUAGUCGGCGCGCAGUGUAUUGUAUGUCAUACAUAUAGCUAGUAUAUAAAUAGUGCUAUCUGCUAUCCCCCCUAUUACUAUUUAUUUGUUAUAGAUAUUGUUUUACAGAUUGAAGCUGAAGCCUGCUUAUUAAAAUAAAUAUUCAUGAAUCUGUCAAUCUGGGAAUGAGAGCCUUUAAUCCUUUCAGUAAAAGAAAGUAUAAACGAUUUUUUAUUGUCGCGUAUUAAUAGAUCAGUUGUCUCGUCCAGUUGAGUAUACGUAUAUUAAUAACUAUUGACAGAUG